AUGGGUGGUUGUGUGUCUUUCCAAAUAUCAUGCGAUCAAGUGUUGAACCACGCUGGCAGCUACUUAUGCGGCGAAGGGAACUACAUUCAAAGCCUCGAGAAAAAUCUGGUGGCUCUAGAGAAAGCCAUGGAAGACCUCAAGGCCAAACGAGAUGAUCUCCUACAAAAUGUGCAGAUAGCAGAGGAAGGAGGUCUACAAAGGCUUAACCAAAUUCAGGUAUGGUUCACAAGAGUGGAGACCAUAGAAAACCGUUUUAAUGACCUUUACAAUACUAGAAAUGUUGAACUUGAAAGGCUAUGUUUUUGUGGGUUAUGCUCACAAAACUUAAAACUGAGCUUUUGGUAUGGGAGAAGGGUUUUUUAUAUGUUGAAAGAAGCUGAAGAUCUCAAAUCUAAUGGAGUGUUUGAAGUGGUGGCUCAUCAAACUACACAACUUGUGGUGGAGGAAAGGCCUCUACAAGCAACGAUUUUUGGUCAGGAAACAAUGUUGGAGAGGGCUUGGAAACAUCUCAUGGACGAUGGAACCGAGAUUAUGGGUAUGUACGGCAUGGGUGGAGUUGGAAAAACAACUCUUAUCGCACAGAUCAACAAUAAGUUACGUAGCACGAGUUGUGGAUUUGAUGUGGUGAUUUGGGUUGUUGUAUCUAAGAAUCUACAAGUUGAGAGGAUUCAAGAUGAGAUCGCUGAGAAGCUACGACUCAAUGGAGGUGAGUGGAGCCAAAAGGAUGAAAGCCAAAAAGCCAUUUAUAUACACACUUUCAUGAGGAAAAAGAGAUUUGUAUUGUUAUUGGAUGAUAUAUGGAGGAAGGUGGAUUUAAAAAAGAUCGGAGUCCCAUUUCUAACAAGAGAAAAUAAAUGCAAAGUCAUAUUCACCACUCGUUCUAGAGAAGUAUGUGGUCAUAUGGAGGUUGAUGAUCCGAUGGAAGUCCAGUGCAUCACAGAGAAAGAUGCAUGGGAUUUGUUCCAAAAAAAGGUUGGGCAACGCACGUUGAAAAGCCAUGCAGAGAUUCUUGGGAAAGCAAGAAAAGUUGCAAGAAAAUGUCGUGGCUUACCACUGGCACUAAAUGUCAUUGGCGAAGCCAUGGCAUGCAAGAAAACGUUACAAGAAUGGGAUCAUGCGAUUGACGCGUUGACUUCAUACGCUGUGGAGUUCGCUGGCAUGGAAGAUGAGAUUCUUCCGGUUUUGAAGUAUAGCUAUGAUAACUUAAAAGGUGAGCAGAUCAAGUCUUGUUUUCGAUAUUGCACUCUAUAUCCAGAGGAUUACCAAAUCGAUAAAGAUAAGUUGAUCGACUACUGGAUAUGCGAAGGCAUUAUUGAUGGAAACAGAGGUAGAGAAAGGGCUGUAAACCAUGGUUAUAUGAUCAUUCGUAAGCUAGUUAAUGCAUUUUGUUGA